AUGAACCAAAGGCAACAACCAAAUUUUUCAGAUGACACGCCAUCAACUUCUGCGCAAGCCCAGGCCAGACGCAACUCUGAAAAAGGAAAUAGGAGUCCGGUUAAUAACGUUAAGUCCUGUUUUGCCAACACGAACAAGGGAGUCCUAUUAGGAACGGCACGUGUCAAUAUCUUCUUCAAUAAUACUAAUUUUUCAGCCCGUGCACUAAUAGACUCCGGUUCGGAAUGUUCAUUCAUAUCAGAAAGACUUAAACGCCGAAUUAACCUACCAUCCAAAAGUUUGAAUGCUCAGGUGUCAGGCAUCAACAACACCGUUUCAGCCCAAGUCAAAGAAGCGUGUUUAAUACAGUUGCGGUCACCGAUUGACCCUUUAAUAAAAAUAGAUACCACUGUCCUGGUUCUACCACAGCUUACAGGAAAUCUGCCGACUUGCCAGAUCAAUGCUAUGACAAAGCAAGCGUUUCCGGAUUUAGUAUUAGCUGACAAGAGAUUCUUCAUAAAUGAGCAAGUUGAUCUUGUACUAGGCGGCGAUAUUUACGCCCAAAUAAUAUUGAGUGGCAUACAGAAGAAUGUUUUAGGUACCCUGCUUGCGCAAGAGACUGUAUUCGGCUGGAUACUAACCGGUCAAACUGAGGCAACAGGGCCAACGAAUAAAUGCGUUUCAUUCUUCAACGAAGUCACUCUAGACAAACAAUUAGCGUCUUUUUGGGAAUUAGAGGACAUCCCAAAGAACCAUACAUACACCAGAGAGGAAGUUUACUGCGAGGACCUGUACAAACGCACAACUAAAAGGAACAAAGAUGGAAAAUAUACAGUAUCGUUGCCAUUCAAAAUGGAUUUUCCAGGGAGCGUGCGGUUAGGACCCUCUCUCAAGAGCGCUUGCUCUCAAUUCUUUCGCAAUGAAACGCGUCUAGCAAAGGACCCACUCCUACAAACGGAGUAUAAUAGGGUACUGUCCGAGUACGAAACUUUAGGGCAUAUGACGCGAAUUUCCAGCCAUAUUCAAGCUGAUGAGUGUGAAAAUUAUUUUUUACCUCAUCAUGCCGUCCGGAAGGAAGAAAGCACCACCACCAAAGUACGGGUGGUGUUCAAUGCAUCGUGUCCGACAGCUAAUGGGGUGAGUCUCAAUGAUGUGCUUCAUCCUGGUCCAGUACUGCAAAAUGACCUCACCAUCUUAAUACUUCGGUGGAGAUUUUAUAAAUAUGUUUUUAAUAGCGACAUCGAAAAGAUGUAUCGCCAGAUUUUACUUAAUCCUACCGAUAGCAAGUAUCAACGAAUAGUUUUCCGCACAAGCCCAACAGAACCAAUUAGUCUUUUUGAACUUAAUACGGUGACUUUCGGGGUCAAUUGCGCCCCUUACCUCGCGAUUAGAACCCUGCUCCAAUUAGCUGACGAUGUAGAACAGUCACACCCCAUGGCGUCGGACAUAUUAAGAAAUUACAUGUAUGUUGACGAUGUUUUAGCUGGCGGUCACUCCAUCGAAGCUGCUAUCAAGGCGAAAACCGAAAUAACAAGUGCAUUGCAGUCUGCUGGGUUCCCCUUGAGGAAAUGGACGUCCAAUUGCAAUGAAAUAUUAGAGGGAAUACCAAAAUCCCAUCUACUGAAAGAAGACUUCUUGGACUUUGAAGACACUAGCACAGUCAAAGCUUUGGGUAUCAGGUGGAAUGCCCACUCUGACAAUUUUUACUUUACAGCCAAGCCAAUAGAGGAACAGGUUAGCUAUUCUAAAAGGCAAAUACUAUCGGCUAUUGCCAAAUUAUUCGACCCUCUAGGAUGGCUUGCACCAGUGGUAAUUACUGCGAAAAUUUUGAUGCAGAAUAUCUGGUUGGAAGGAACAGGGUGGGACGAAAUCGUGUCACCUACGACUCUAGACCGCUGGAAAAAUUUUAGGGAAAGCUACGACAGUAUCGAAAGAAUUCGUAUUCCACGUUGGGUACACUUUUCCCCUGUGGCCGAGAUCGAAAUUCACGGAUUUUGCGACGCCUCAGAGAAGGCUUACGCAGCAUCUAUUUACUUGCGUGUCGAAAUAAGCAGCAAAGUGUUCAUCAACCUGCUACUAUCAAAAACUAGGGUAGCACCAGUUAAAACAAUUUCCUUACCACGCCUAGAACUCUGUGGAGCGGUCCUGUUGGCAGAAACCCUGGAAUCGAUUUCGGAUAAUCUGAACUUAGCCCAUCGUACAACUCAGAUGUGGACGGAUUCCACCAUCGUGCUUGCCUGGAUACGCAAGCCUCCAUGCUCAUGGUCGACAUUUGUAGCCCAUCGAGUGACCAAAAUAAUUGAGAAGGUGGGAGGAGAAAACUGGCGUCAUGUGGACUCAACGUCAAACCCCUCAGAUUUAGCCAGCAGAUGA